AUGGGUAUACAAAAUGAGGGUGUGUCGCAUUCCGAGGACAAAGUAUCCAACGAACAUGAUGAACACUCGCCAACAGCCGAGGUUACGGCCGAGCAAAGGCCGAUGCCGGAGGGAGGGCUGGAGGGUUGGCUCAGUGUGCUAGCAGGUUUUUGUGUAUUUGUGAACUCCUGGGGCUUGAUCAGCUGCUAUGGCGCCUUUCAGGAAUUCUACCAAACGGUGCUCCUCCCGGGAGAAUCACCCUCGACGAUCUCCUGGAUUGGCAGCAUCCAAGCCACACUGAUCGUAAUGGUCGGCAUGGUGACCGGGCCGUUGGUUGACUCGGGAUACCUUCGCCCGCUGAUCAUCUGCGGCUCGGUGCUGGUGGUGUUUGGCAUGAUGAUGCUCAGCCUUGCGACCGAGUACUACCAGGUUCUCCUUGCACAAGGCUUUUGUGUCGGCAUGGGUGGCGGCAUCACCUACAUCCCCGCCAUGGUGGUGAUAUCCUCACACUUCACCACCAAACGUCCGAUUGCAAUCGGCUGCGCUUCCAUCGGAUCCAGCGUCGGCAGUGUCAUCUUCCCCAUCAUGUUCCGUCAACUACAACCAGUCAUCAACUUCGCCUGGAGUGUCCGCUGCAUCGCCUUCAUCAACCUAUUCCUUGCCCUGAUUACCUGCACCGUUCUCUGCCGACGACCGGGCAAACAAACCCGCAGCCGAAGUCUCAUCGAAUGGAAAGCCCUAACUCACCUCCCCUUCAUGCUCUUAUCAGUCUCCAUGACCUGCGUCAUGCUCGCCUACUACGUCCCCAUCUUCUACAUCGCCACCUACGCCCGCUCCGCCCUGCACACCCCCACCAGCCUCUCCUUCUACCUGGUCUCCAUCACCAACGGGGCAUCCGCAUUCGGCCGCACCGUCCCCUAUCUCGUCGGCGCCCGCAUCAAACCCAUCUUCAUCCUAAUCACCUGCGUCGCCGCCGCCGCACUAGCCAUGUUCACCUGGAUCGCCACGACCAACACGGCCGGAUUCAUCGUCUGGGCCUGCUACUGGGGGUUUGUAAGCGGGGUGCUGGUCACCGCGCCGACAUCCAUCGUCGCCCACAAGGCGUUUUGUCCCGAUGCUGACUUCCUCGGCACGAGAAUGGGCAUGAUGUGGGGGAUCAGUUCCGUCGGAUCGUUGGUGGGGACGCCUGUCGCCGGCGCGUUGGUGGAUCUCGUCACGGCGGACUUUCUCCGGGCACAGAUAUUCGCGGCAUGCAUGAUGGUGGGGGCGGUUGUCUUGCAGGUGUGGCCGAUGCUGUGUGUGGUGAAGUAUGAUCGGGAGAUGUCGGGGAAGAAUAGUGAUUAGCAUAUUACUUAC